AUGAAGUCCAGUCUGCUUACAGGUCAAAUACUUCGCAACUUCAGACCUGCACAAACCGGUCCCUCUCGAGCUUUCAUCAAAAGCUUCUCCAACUUGUCGCAAGCACGGCCUCUCGUUCGGAGCACGGCCUCUCUCAACACACGAAUUCAGUUGAGAAAUGCCAGGAAAUAUGCUAGACCUCCGAACCGAUUCGAACAGGCAGUCAUCGAUGCUCGAGUCAAACACCCCAUCCUCUUUCCCUUCCUGCUCUUUGGUUCGACGGCAUCGGUGAUCUUGCUGAUUAUCAUGGCAUAUGAUCAAUGGCGAAGAGAGAAGAAAGGCACCUCGGUGUAUCCUCCCGCUGUCGAAGAUCAACUACGACUAGCCUUGCACUACACCCACAUCUCCCCAGCCCCAGAUACUGCGUCACAGUACUUCAUGCAAGCUAUCAAAAAGGCUGAGGAGGUGGGGAUGGACCCUUACAGCAAAGAGACGGUGGGUAUUCGAGUCCGCUUCUCCCAAAUGCUGGAGGAGUUCGGGCACGUGAAGUCUGCCAUCGAAAUUCUGGAUGGCAUCUCCGCCGACCUGGAACAAAAACUGGCUGAACUUGAUCAAACACGGCCUGUCAAGACAGAUGCUCCAUCGGGGCUGGACCCGGAGACUGCAAAUUUUCGUGCGAAUCUCAUCAAGGGAAUCGUCAAGUUGAAGAUCAAGAUAUCGUCUAUGUACGAAAGCGACUAUCUCCAGGACCCUGGCAUGGCCAAACAGGUAUUGUCGGAUGCGGUGGGCCUCGUUGUGAAGGAGACCAAGAACCCUCAGGUCAAUACGUUCACGGAGGACAACGGUGCGGGAUUGACUACUGGUGAGAUUGCUGCAAUGCUGUCUCAAAUGGGCGAUCUAUAUGCUACGUCGGGAGAAGAGGAAAACGCCGUUCAGCUGUAUAUGCUCACUCUGCAACCGCUGAGAGCGUCGUGUAAUGGCACUAGAUCCUGUAAAGAAGUUCAGGUUCUCAGCAACAUCGCAUCUACCAUGGACAUGGCAUUGAAGAAGCCAACAGCGAAGGUCAAUGGGAAGCCAGCAUCCAAAGACACGCUAGCGGCUGGAAGGCGAGCAGCGCUGAGAUGGGCAGACCAAGCGAUCGCAACGGCUGACAUUAUCAAGCCUGAAGACCGCGAUGAAAUUUGCACCGCGGCCUUGAUCUCCGCCCAGAUGACCCGUGCCGAUUUGUUGCUGGACAAUGGCGACAAGGCGAAGUCACGCGAAGCAUUUCUGAGUCUGCUGCCUACAUUGAGGGAGAAGAAUCUCCUUCCUCUUAUCGAGACUGCAGAGCAAGGGCUGAAGAGGGCUUCGACUUGA